AUGUCGCUUAGAUUUUUCGCGGUCCUUGUAUUGGUGCUCCUGCUGGGUGCAUAUGCCGACGCGGCGUCUCAGGCGUACAGAAGAUGCCCAGACCGUCAAGGCCCGUGCCUCGCCUGCCCGACCACUAGUUCCCUCCCAACCAUCGCCACCUACAACGGCGUGCAACUCGGCGGCUAUCUCGCCCACCCGUCCGCCGCAGACAGCGGGCCGCAAGGCACGCUGCUGAAUCCUGACGACACGAACACCGCGUACAUGCCGAUCCAGAGCUGCUGCGCCAAGUGCCUUGCGAACGAUAGGUGUGCCUUUUGGCACUGGUACCAGAAGCAGGACACCACGGACGGUCGAUGCGCGCUGUUCGACGACUCGCAGUGCAGCUUCGGCAACUACGGCAAGUUCCGCGUGUACUCGUCGAUCAACAUCUACGCCUUCAAGCGCUGCGGCUCUCCCGUCAUCCCGGCGCCCGCAACCAACACGUCCUGCCCCGCCUUCUCCUGCGCCAGCUCCGCGCCCUCCGCCACCGCCAAUCUCAACACCUUCCCCGAUGCGCAGGCGGGGCGGAUCUACGAGAGCUACUCGCCGGCGACCGGGCCGACGCUGGUGGAGGAUAAGGGCUUGCUGACGGUGACUGACUGCUACAACGCGGCGAGUGACAUGUGGCAACAAGACGUCAAGUACUUCACGUGGGAGCGCAGCUCCAACGGCCUCGGUCGCUGCCGUUUGCUGUCAUCGCAGGCUUGCAACUACCAAUCACCCGAUGGGAAUGCCGGUACUCCUGUGUUUAGCCCGUCCGCGCCUGGUACCUACUCGUUUCUCGUCAACUGCUAG